CGGCCGCCGGGGCUGGGGGAGGGAGAGGGGUUGAGUCAAGAUGGCGGCCAAGGUGGCGAAGCAGCAGCGGCGGCGGCGGCGGCGGCUGGAGUGAGCGCCCAGCUCGCCGCGCCGAGCGAGGUCCCGGGGUAGGGACGCGCGCCGGGGCCGCGUCCUGCUCCUCAGGCCCGGGGCGCGCCGGCUACCACGCCCCGCCUGCUCCUGGUGGUUUCCUAGAAACAUGAUUGUUUGUUGGACUUGAUCUCACAGCCUGGUGAGGACUUCUUUACUGAUAAUGUCAAGUUCAGGUUAUCCUCCCAACCAAGGAGCAUUCAGCACAGAACAAAGUCGUUAUCCUCCUCACUCUGUUCAGUACACCUUUCCAAGCACCCGUCACCAGCAGGACUUUGCAGUCCCUGAUUAUCGUUCUUCUCAUCUUGAAGUCAGUCAGGCAUCACAGCUUUUGCAGCAGCAGCAGCAACAACAGCUUCGCAGACGACCUUCCUUGCUUUCAGAAUUUCACCCAGGUUCUGACAGGCCUCAAGAAAGGAGAACUGGAUAUGAACAGUUUCACCCAGGCCCAUCCCCAGUGGAUCAUGAUUCACUGGAAUCCAAGAGACCACGUCUGGAGCAGGUUUCUGAUUCCCAUUUCCAGCGUGUCAGUGCUGCGGUCUUACCUUUAGUGCACACACUGCCAGAAGGGUUGAGGACUUCUACAGAUGCUAAGAAGGAUCCAGCAUUUGGUGGCAAACAUGAAGCUCCAUCCUCCCCAAUCUCUGGGCAGCCAUGUGGAGAUGAUCAAAAUGCUUCACCUUCAAAACUUUCAAAGGAAGAGUUAAUACAGAGUAUGGAUCGUGUAGAUCGAGAAAUUGCGAAAGUAGAACAGCAGAUCUUUAAACUGAAAAAGAAACAACAACAGCUUGAAGAAGAAGCGGCUAAACCCCCUGAGCCCGAGAAGCCUGUGUCCCCUCCUCCUGUGGAGCAGAAACACCGCAGUAUUGUCCAGAUUAUUUAUGAUGAGAAUCGGAAAAAAGCAGAAGAAGCUCAUAAAAUAUUUGAAGGUCUUGGCCCAAAAGUUGAACUGCCACUCUAUAACCAGCCAUCAGAUACCAAGGUGUACCAUGAGAACAUCAAGACUGGAGUACCUGCAAGGCGCAUGAUGAAAAACCAGGUGAUGAGGAAAAAACUCAUUUUAUUUUUUAAAAGAAGAAAUCAUGCAAGAAAACAAAGGGAGCAAAAAAUCUGCCAACGUUAUGAUCAGCUCAUGGAGGCAUGGGAGAAAAAAGUGGACAGAAUAGAAAAUAAUCCUCGGAGGAAAGCUAAGGAAAGCAAAACAAGGGAGUACUAUGAAAAGCAGUUUCCAGAAAUUCGAAAACAAAGAGAACAGCAAGAAAGGUUUCAGCGAGUUGGGCAGAGGGGAGCUGGUCUUUCAGCCACCAUUGCUAGGAGUGAGCAUGAGAUUUCUGAAAUUAUUGAUGGGCUCUCUGAGCAGGAGAAUAAUGAGAAACAAAUGCGGCAGCUCUCUGUGAUCCCGCCUAUGAUGUUUGAUGCAGAACAAAGACGGGUCAAGUUCAUUAACAUGAAUGGGCUUAUGGAGGACCCUAUGAAGGUUUAUAAAGAGAGGCAGUUUAUGAAUGUUUGGACUGACCAUGAGAAGGAGAUCUUUAAGGACAAGUUUAUCCAGCAUCCUAAAAACUUUGGACUAAUUGCAUCCUACUUGGAAAGGAAGAGUGUUCCUGAUUGUGUUUUAUACUACUACUUAACUAAGAAAAACGAGAAUUAUAAAGCCCUAGUAAGAAGGAAUUAUGGAAAACGCAGAGGAAGAAACCAGCAGCAAAUUGCCCGACCCUCACAAGAAGAAAAAGUGGAAGAAAAAGAAGAAGAUAAAGUGGAAAAAACAGAAAAAAAAGAAGAGGAAAAGAAAGAUGAAGAAGAAAAAGAUGAAAAAGAGGACUCUAAAGAAAAUACCAAGGAAAGGGACAAGACAGAAAGUACAGCAGAGGAAACUGAGGAGAGAGAACAGGCCACACCCCGGGGGCGAAAAACUGCCAAUAGUCAGGGCCGCCGGAAGGGCCGGAUCACCAGGUCUAUGACAAAUGAAGCAGCGGCUGCCAGUGCUGCAGCUGCAGCGGCCACUGAGGAGCCCCCACCACCUCUGCCACCGCCACCAGAACCCAUUUCUACAGAGCCUGUAGAAACCUCUCGAUGGACAGAAGAAGAAAUGGAAGUUGCUAAAAAAGGUCUAGUAGAACAUGGUCGUAACUGGGCAGCAAUUGCCAAGAUGGUGGGAACUAAAAGUGAAGCUCAGUGUAAAAACUUCUAUUUUAACUAUAAAAGACGACACAAUCUUGACAACCUCUUGCAGCAGCAUAAACAGAAAACUUCAAGAAAGCCUCGUGAAGAGCGAGAUGUGUCUCAAUGUGAAAGUGUAGCUUCCACUGUUUCUGCUCAGGAGGAUGAAGAUAUUGAAGCUUCCAAUGAAGAAGAAAAUCCAGAAGACAGUGAAGGUGCUGAAAAUAGUUCUGAUACAGAAAGUGCUCCUUCUCCUUCACCAGUUGAAGCUGUCAAGCCCAGCGAAGAUAGCACUGAAAAUGCAACUUCUCGAGGAAACACUGAACCUGUGGCUGAGCUCGAGUCCACCACUGACACUGCACCCAGUACAUCUCCCUCCUCAGCAGUUCCAAGUACACAAGCAGCUGAAAAUGCAAGUGUGGAGACCCAGGUGAAUGACAGUGGCACUGUUGAGACAGCGGAGCCAAUGGAUGUCGAACGUCAGGAGUGCGGUGCUGCAGUGACUUCUGUUCUUGAUCUCCCCCCAACUACCAAGGCAGACUCCGUAGACAUUGAAGUGAGGGUCCCAGAAAACAGUCCAGCUGAAGUUGAAGGUGACACCAAAGAAGGAGACCUGGAGAGAGCCAGUGAGAAGACAGAGCCUGGAGAUGAAGAUUUGGUGGUGGCUCAGCAAAUAAAUACCCAAAGGCCUGAGCCCCAGUCAGACAAUGAUUCCAGUGCCACCUGCAGUGCUGAUGAAGAUGUGGAUGGAGAGCCAGAGAGGCAGAGAAUGUUUCCUAUGGACUCAAAGCCUUCAUUGUUAAACCCCACUGGAUCUAUACUCGUUUCAUCCCCACUAAAACCAAAUCCACUGGACCUGCCACAGCUUCAGCAUCGAGCUGCUGUUAUCCCACCAAUGGUUUCCUGCACCCCAUGUAAUAUACCAAUUGGAACCGCAGUGAGUGGCUAUGCUCUCUACCAGCGACAUAUUAAAGCAAUGCAUGAGUCAGCGCUCCUGGAAGAACAGCGGCAGAGGCAAGAACAGAUAGAGUUGGAAUGUAGAAGUUCUACAAGUCCAUGUGGCACCUCUAAGAGUCCAAACAGAGAGUGGGAAGGAAAAUCAGUCGCCUAUAUGCCUUAUGCUGAGGUCAAACGUGCUCUAGAACAGGAAGCGCAGAUGCACAAUACUGCAGCAAGGUCAGCAUCACCGUGUAGGCUCUCUCCAAGAGAAGUCAGUAAAGCCGCUCCACAGCCUGAUAUGAGUGCAGCCCGCUAUAGUGUCCCGCCAGUCCUUCAGCCUGCUCCACAUCAAGUGAUAACUAAUCUCCCUGAAGGGGUUCGGCUUCCGACAACUCGACCCACUAGGCCACCUCCUCCUCUCAUCCCAUCAUCCAAAACCACAGUGGCUUCAGAAAAACCGUCUUUUAUACUGGGAGGCUCCAUCUCACAGGGGACACCUGGCACUUAUUUGACUUCUCAUAAUCAGGCUUCCUACACUCAAGAAACAGCUAAGCCUUCAGUGGGCUCUAUCUCUCUUGGACUGCCACGGCAACAGGAGUCUGCCAAAUCAGCCACUGUGCCCUACAUCAAGCAGGAAGAAUUCUCUCCCCGAAGCCAAAACUCACAGCCUGAGGGUUUAUUGGUCAGGGCACAACAUGAAGGAGUGGUCAGAGGUACCACAGGAGCCAUUCAAGAAGGAAGUAUAACUCGGGGCACUCCAACCAGCAAAAUUUCUGUGGAGAGCAUCCCAUCCCUGCGUGGGUCCAUCACUCAGGGUACCCCAGCUCUCUCCCAGGCUGGCAUACCAACUGAGGCUUUGGUGAAGGGAUCUAUUUCUAGAAUGCCCAUUGAAGAGAACAGUCCUGAGAAAGGCAGAGAGGAAGCUGCAUCCAAAGGCCAUGUUAUUUAUGAAGGCAAAAGUGGACACAUCUUAUCAUAUGAUAAUAUUAAGAAUGCCCGAGAAGGGACGAGGAGUCCAAGAACAGCUCAUGAAAUCAGUCUAAAAAGAAGCUAUGAAUCAGUGGAAGGAAAUAUAAAGCAAGGGUUGUCAAUGAGGGAGUCUCCUGUGUCAGCACCGUUGGAAGGGCUGAUAUGCCGAGCAUUACCCAGGGGGAGCCCUCAUUCUGACCUCAAAGAAAGGACUGUGCUGUCUGGUUCCAUAAUGCAGGGCACACCAAGAGCAACAACUGAAAGCUUUGAAGAUGGCCUUAAAUAUCCCAAACAGAUUAAAAGGGAGAGUCCUCCUAUACGAGCAUUUGAAGGUGCAAUUACCAAAGGAAAACCAUAUGAUGGCAUUACCACCAUCAAGGAAAUGGGGCGUUCCAUUCAUGAGAUUCCACGGCAAGAUAUUUUAACUCAGGAAAGCCGAAAAACUCCAGAAGUGGUCCAGAGCACGAGGCCGAUAAUUGAGGGUUCCAUCUCCCAGGGUACACCAAUAAAGUUUGACAGCAACUCAGGUCAAUCUGCUAUCAAACACAAUGUCAAAUCCUUAAUUACGGGGCCUAGCAAACUGCCCCGUGGAAUGCCUCCACUGGAAAUCGUGCCAGAGAACAUAAAAGUGGUAGAACGGGGAAAAUAUGAGGAUGUGAAAGCAGGCGAGCCAGUGCGUCCCCGGCAUACAUCGGUGGUAAGCUCUGGCCCCUCCGUUCUUAGGUCAACACUUCAUGAAGCUCCCAAAGCACAGCUGAGCCCAGGGAUUUAUGAUGACACUAGUGCACGGCGGACACCUGUGAGUUAUCAGAACACCAUGUCCAGAGGCUCACCUAUGAUGAACAGAACUUCUGAUGUUACGAUUUCUUCUAGCAAGUCUACCAAUCAUGAAAGAAAAUCGACACUAACCCCUACCCAGAGGGAAAGCAUACCAGCAAAGUCUCCAGUACCUGGGGUGGACCCUGUAGUCAGCCACAGCCCUUUUGAUCCCCAUCACAGGGGCAGCACUGCAGGAGAGGUUUAUCGGAGCCACCUUCCCACACAUUUGGAUCCAGCCAUGCCGUUUCACAGGGCUCUGGAUCCUGCAGCUGCUGCCUACCUGUUUCAGAGACAACUUUCACCAACCCCAGGUUACCCAAGUCAAUAUCAGCUUUAUGCAAUGGAGAACACAAGACAGACAAUCCUAAAUGACUACAUUACCUCACAGCAGAUGCAAGUGAACUUGCGCCCAGAUGUGGCCAGAGGACUGUCUCCACGAGAGCAGCAGUUGGGUCUCCCAUACCCAGCAACAAGGGGAAUCAUUGACCUGACCAAUAUGCCUCCAGCAAUUUUAGUGCCUCACCCAGGGGGAACAAGCACUCCUCCCAUGGACAGAAUCACUUAUAUUCCUGGGACACAGAUUGCUUUCCCGCCCAGGCCGUACAACGCUGCUUCUGUGUCUCCAGGACAUUCAACACACCUUGUAGCCGCCGCAAGUGCUGAAAGAGAACGUGAACGGGAGCGGGAGAAGGAGCGGGAGCGGAUUGCUGCCGCUUCCUCAGACCUCUACCUUCGGCCAGGCUCAGAACAGCCCGGCCGGCCAGGCAGUCAUGGAUAUGUUCGCUCCCCGUCCCCUUCAGUCAGAGCUCAGGAGACCAUGUUGCAGCAAAGACCCAGCGUUUUCCAGGGAACCAACGGAACCAGUGUAAUCACACCUUUGGAUCCAAGUGCUCAGCUACGAAUCAUGCCACUGCCUGCUGGGGGCCCUUCUAUAAGCCAAGGCCUGCCAGCCUCCCGUUACAACACUGCUGCGGAUGCCCUGGCUGCUCUUGUGGAUGCCGCAGCUUCUGCCCCCCAGAUGGAUGUUUCCAAAACAAAAGAGAGUAAGCAUGAAGCUGCCAGGUUAGAAGAAAAUUUGAGAAGCAGGUCAGCAGCAGUUAGUGAACAGCAGCAGCUAGAGCAGAAAACCCUGGAGGUGGAGAAGAGAUCUGUUCAGUGUCUGUACACUUCUUCAGCCUUUCCAAGUGGCAAGCCCCAGCCUCAUUCUUCAGUAGUUUAUUCUGAGGCUGGGAAAGAUAAAGGGCCUCCUCCAAAAUCCAGAUAUGAGGAAGAGCUAAGGACCCGAGGGAAGACUACCAUUACUGCAGCUAACUUCAUAGACGUGAUCAUCACCCGGCAAAUUGCCUCGGACAAGGAUGCAAGGGAACGUGGCUCUCAAAGUUCAGACUCUUCUAGUAGCUUAUCUUCUCACCGUUAUGAAACACCUAGCGAUGCUAUUGAGGUGAUAAGCCCUGCGAGCUCACCUGCACUGCCCCAGGAGAGACUGCAGGCCUGUCAGCCAGAGGUGGUGAAGGCAAACCAAACAGAAAAUGAAGCCACCAGACAGUAUGAAGGACCAUUACAUCACUAUCGACCACAGCAGGAAUCACCGUCUCCACAGCAGCAGCUGCCCCCUUCUUCACAGGCUGAGGGGGUGGGCCAAGUGCCCAGGACCCAUCGACUGAUCACACUUGCUGAUCACAUCUGUCAAAUUAUCACACAAGAUUUUGCUAGAAAUCAAGUUUCCUCGCAGCCUCCCCAGCAGCCUCCCACUUCUACAUUCCAAAAUUCACCAUCUGCUUUGGUGUCUACACCUGUGAGGACUAAAACAUCAAAUCGUUACAGCCCAGAAUCCCAGUCUCAGUCUGUCCACCAUCAAAGACCAGGUUCAAGGGUCUCUCCAGAAAACCUUGUAGACAAAUCCAGGGGAAGGCCUGGAAAAUCCCCAGAGAGGAGUCAUGUGUCUUCAGAGCCCUACGAGCCCAUCUCCCCACCGCAGGUUCCAGUUGGGCAUGAGAAACAGGACAGCAUGCUGCUUCUGUCGCAGAGAGGAGCGGAGCCUGCAGAGCAGAGGAAUGAUUCCCGCUCACCAGGGGGUAUAAGCUACUUGCCUUCAUUCUUCACCAAGCUUGAAAACACGUCACCCAUGGUUAAAUCAAAGAAGCAGGAGAUUUUUCGUAAGUUGAACUCCUCUGGUGGAGGUGACUCUGAUAUGGCAGCUGCUCAGCCAGGAACUGAGAUCUUUAAUUUGCCAGCAGUCACUACCUCAGGCUCAGUUAGCUCUAGAGGUCAUUCUUUUGCUGAUCCUGCCAGUAAUCUCGGUCUAGAAGACAUUAUCAGGAAGGCCCUCAUGGGAAGCUUUGAUGACAAAGUUGAGGAUCACGGAGUUGUCCUGUCCCAAACAGUGGGAGUAGUGCCUGGUGGUGCCAACACUUCGGUUGUGACCAGUGGUGAGACACGGAGAGAGGAGGGGGACCCAUCACCUCAUUCAGGAGUUUGCAAACCAAAGCUGAUCAGCAAGUCAAACAGCAGGAAAUCUAAAUCUCCUAUCCCUGGGCAAGGCUACUUAGGAACUGAACGGCCCUCUUCAGUCUCCUCUGUCCAUUCAGAAGGGGAUUACCACAGGCAGACGCCAGGCUGGGCCUGGGAAGAUCGGCCCUCUUCAACAGGCUCAACUCAGUUUCCUUAUAACCCUCUGACUAUGCGGAUGCUCAGCAGCACGCCACCAACACCGAUCGCGUGUGCGCCCUCUUCUGUGAGCCAAGCAGCUCCUCACCAACAGAACAGGCUCUGGGAACGAGAGCCUGCCCCGCUGCUCUCAGCACAGUACGAGACGCUGUCGGAUAGUGAUGACUGAACUGCUCAGAGAAGGAAUCUUGGCGGGGCCAGGGUGUGGGGGGGGAUCUCUAGUUUUUGGUGAUUUUAUUUUUAAUUGCAGGUCAAAAACCUGCCCUCCUAUGACUUGUGCCCAGAGACUUUUCAGGAGAGCCUGGACCAUGGAUGAUGAAGAAAUGAUGGAAAUUUAUUUGGAGAGUCAAAUGGGGGGGAACUGCCUUUGAUACAGGCAGUUCAGCAAAUUAUAAUAAUAGUGGAGGGUUGAAAUGUAGAGUUUUUAAAAAGUGGACAAUUCCUGUUCUUACAUCUGUUUGUAAAAAAAAGAACAAAAAACAUGUCUUUAAAUCACUCUUCUGUAAAUAGAUUAUCUUUUUGCAGUGUUUCCCCAUGCUGUAGUAUCUGGUGUACUUAUAUUCAAAUCAGCGCAUCAACUUUGGGGGUAAUUUUUAAAAAUCUUUUUCAUCUAUCUUUUUAACCCUUGCCUUCUAAACAACCUCAUACAGCCCAGUUACAAAACGUUGGCUGUCACGGGCAUUGUACUUUUAUCCAGUUUUGUCUCUUCUAAAUUCAGAUUCCCAGUGAUGUUUAAAAUCUUGUGGAAAUAUUUAGAUUUUUUAACACAGACCCUGUCAUAAAAUCUGUACAUUAACAUAUUACGGUCAAAAGGUAGGAGACACAAAAUUCUGCCAUUUUGUAAAUUUCCAAUGCAGGCUUUAAUUUUUUUUUUUUUUAAUUAGUAGCACUGAAAAAAUAUUACUGCAUGGGUAUGUUAUAGUUCAGGUUUUAAAGUUUUAAAGGCUUAUUUGAGCAUACCUCACUGUUAUGCACACUGGUAAUUUGACCAUGCCCCGAAGUAUUCUUUUUCCUCCUGCAUUUGAUGCAGCCCAACAAAGCUUUUGUUUUGAAAUAAAUUUGACUACCCUGUCCAUAGCUACAGUA